GCCGCAGUCAAAGAAAACAAAGAUCACGAUGACUUCGUUGAAACAGCUAAAGAACUAUACUAUGGUGGUCGCCGACACUGGUGAUUUUGAAGCUGAAUUCUAGUCGCUCUAGUUAAAGAAAUUCACAUGCACACUGGAGCGCGUCAUACGAGAUUCUCACGCUCAGUGUAUGUAAAUUUUUUAAGUGCAGCCAUUUCAACUAAAAGGGACAGACCAAUUGUUAGAAUAUCGUCAAAAAGCGUCGUUGGACUCGCAAAUAGCAAUUGAAUACUUUUAGAAUGAAAGCAAUACUUUUAGAAAGAAAUACCUUUAUUAUGGAACAAUUUAAGCCGAUGGAUGCGACAACGAAUCCCUCUUUGAUCCUCGCUGUUGCUAAUCAAAAGAAAUACGCACAUUUGAUUGAGAAGGCAGCUCAAUAUGGCAAAAAGUCCGGAUCUAAUUUGGCUGAGCAGAUCGAAGCAGCUCUCGAUAUCACGUGUGUUUUAUUUGGCAAAGAGAUCUUGAAUGUAAUUCCUGGAAGAGUUUCCACGGAGGUAGAUGCCAGACUAUCCUUCAACAAGGAAGCAAGCAUCGAAAAGGCAAAGCGAUUGAUUACUUUGUACGAAGGACUCGGCGUGAGUAAAGACCGGAUCUUGAUCAAGCUUGCCUCAACUUGGGAAGGUAUUCAAGCUGCAAGAGAGUUGGAGGAAAAAUAUGGGAUUCACUGUAACCUGACGCUAUUGUUCUCUUUCGCGCAAGCUGUUUCUUGCGCACAUGCGGGGGUCACUCUCAUUUCACCGUUUGUUGGUAGAAUUCUCGACUGGUACGUGGAAAAUACGGAUAAAAAAUCUUACGAAGCGCAAGAAGAUCCAGGCGUUAUCUUCGUGAAGAAAGUUUACAAUUAUUACAAGAAGUUUGGCUACAAGACGACCGUGAUGGGUGCUUCGUUCAGAAAUGUCGGUGAAAUCAAAGAACUUGCCGGUUGCGAUUGUCUCACUAUAAGCCCGAAAUUAUUGGAGGAAUUGGAAAAGAGCAAUGAGCCUGUUGAUAAAGUUCUGAAUGUAGAAUCCGCAAAGAAGAGUGAUUUUGAACAAAUCGACUUGGAUGAGGCGGAAUUUAGGUGGCUUUUAAAUGAGGACGAAAUGGCGACGAACAAAUUGUCGGAAGGUAUUCGCAAAUUCGCCGCGGAUACGCUCAAGCUUGAAAAACUGCUGCAAGAUAAAAUUCAAGCUUGAGACGUACGACAAAUAAACGGUGUUUACUAUUUAAAACAAUGACGAUAAUAUAUAUGAAAACGUAAUAUCUCAAAUAUGUACAAUACAUUCCUAUUGUUCAUACUUGUACAAUGAUAACUUUCGUACCUGUGUACAAAAUAGGAAAGAGAAUAAGUUGAAAUAAGCAUAUUUCUGGAGAUAUAGUAAAGUAAACUAGAAUAUAUGUACACAUGCGUGUGUGGUGUAAUUUGGAGAAAAUAUAUUUGUCAUAGUUCGCAAAAUGUGUGCGUAUCAUUCUAUCAGGUCAUUUUUAAAUGUACAUGUGUUGAAAAGUUUUUGAUCAUACGCAUCGAGUCUACGUACCGUCGGCAUAAUAAAAGCUGCAAUACUCGUCGCAAACUAAUAGCACGUUAGUAGAUAUUAAUUGUCGCAACUUCUGUUAUUUAUUUGUGAGUGCACUUAGUGCGAGCCGACGCUAUUAACCUCGCGCGACCUAAGUCAGAGGUUGAUUUCAUUGGGGAAAAAAUGGUGAUUUGCAGUUUGGUGAUUAAAUUUCCAAGAAUCGAACACGAUUACGAUGAAUUUAUACUUUGACGCACCGAACGUUGCCAAUUUGUUCAUAUGUACAUACUUGUAGAAUAAAAAAUUAAACUCGUAA